AUGAAGGUUGUUGCUACAUUAUUUUUGAUCGCUACCGUCUUAUUCGGUAUUACUAUCGCCUCUUUAAAUAUUCCAAUCAUUGGUUGGUCUUCGAACAAAGUUUUCAUAAAGAAUGAAAUUUUAGAAUCAUACAGUGCUGAUCAAUUCAAGGAAUUAUUGGUAUCACUCAUUAAGGGUUCAGAAUCAGAUGUCAUCUCUGCUUCCAAGCCAGAGAUCAUCACUAUUUUCGUUCAACAACAACUCCGUACAGAUGAACUCUCAACUAUUUUCGAUAGCUACAACGAGAAGCCACAAAGCGACUUGCAAUCAAUGAAGGACAGUAUCGAGGGUGCUGCUUCAUCUAUCUUUAUCCCAUACACCACCACCUCUGGUUCAUUCGUUUCAUCUGUUCUCAAGUCAAUCAGCAACUCAAUCGAAGGUUCAUUGGUUGUUGCCUCCGACUCUGAAUUCACCGUCGAAGGUGACCGAGCACAUCACCUUGAAACAAAUCCAAUCCAUCAAGAAUAUGAUUUCCAACAAGAAAAUGAAUGUGUCAAUGCUGUUAACAACGUUUUGAAGGGUGUAGAAUCAGUAUCUUUCUUCACUGGUGAGAAUGCCACACCACUCGAAUUCCCAAUGCAAUUCCAAGACUUCCAAGAGCCAGUCUACCACUUCUCGAUGUUCCAAGAUACACCAAACGCCAGCAACACCACCGAUAACUCUACUGGAAACGGAACUAGUGACUACUUUAAUUAUUUCCCAGGUCCAAUCAUUGAGGCCUACCUUGUAGUUUUCAUUUUGUUGGUCAUUUUCUUCAUGGGUCUCUGCUGCAUUCUCGACUUGCAAGUCCCAGACAGAUACGAAGCACCAAAACAAAAGAUCCUAUAA